AUGACAAGUGAAACUCAAAUUAAAGUUUGUCUCGUUUGUGGUGACAAGUCAACGGGCAAUCAUUUCGAUGCACAGACUUGCGAAUCGUGUAAAUCAUUCUUCCGUAGGAAUGCUCUGAAAAAUGCGAACUUAUUUUAUUCGGAUGAACAAAAACAAUUGAGAAAAUCUAUUAUUGAAGGCAAUAGAAAACGAAAAGCAAAUGAAAUGACAGAAACUAGUGAUGAAAGUGUUUCUUCAACUCCCAGUCCAUCACUGCAAACAUCCGAUGAUAUUAUUUUUGAUGACAUCUGUUAUGAUGAAAGUCAGACCUCUUCAGACGUGUCAAUAGAUAAUAGUUUUGACAACUUUUCAAUCAAUACAAAUACUUGUGAUUUGGAUCAAUCAGUCAUACCUAUCACGAGACCCAUCACUGAUUACAGCAAUAACUACAAUGAAUUAGAGGGCAAUAAAUUGAAUGAAUUAUUGGAUGCCCUCAAGAUUUUUGAGAUUCCUGUGACCACUACUGAACAACCAGAUAACAAGCCAAUUGUUGUAAGAUUGGACUUGUUCAAAGUGACACCUUUCGAUACGUCAGCACUUAGUCCCUAUAGUAAUCACAAGAGUUUUCUCGAGAAUAUGGGACUCGACUGGGAUUCAGACACUCUUAUUAUAGACUUGGUGUCCACAACUUCUGGUGUGCUAUCCAGUCAAGGCUAUCAUAAGGCUUAA